GUGAUCGGCGAUGAGGCCGCACAUUGGGUGGAAGUGACAUCUGCAGACGGGGCCCCAGAGACUGAGAAAGGGCUGUCAGCCCUUGCGCAGGUCUCCCACGACCUCGUGGCCACCUGCUCUCUGCAUCAGGAGGAAAUCCUUCACCUGCAGCAGACAGUGGACCAGAUGCUCGCACGGCUGCAGGCGUUGGAGAAACAGCCAGCUGCUGUAGCAGCCGCAGGGCCUUCCACCCUUACCACCCGUGUGCAAGUUUUGGAGGAUGACGUCAUCAACAUCAAGCGUGUGCAUCAGGACUUCCGGACGUCGCAGCAAGCAACGAACUUGCAGUUCGAGACGCAGGUCCAGGCUGCUGCCACCGUGACGCCCGCCGCCGGAUCCUCCCGGCGCCCACCCAAGCAAGAUGACAUUCCCGUCUUCUGCGAUCAGUUUAAGACGGAACCGAUCCCGUGGUGGCGCCAGUUUACUCUCAGGMUCGACAUGCACCAUGUCCCGAACAACGAUCGACAUCCGUGCUUGUACCACCGAUCUGGUGGUGCGUAUCAAGCAUGGCUGGACAACAUCUUGACCAGCCACGGCGUAGCAGUGUCGGAACUGCACACCAAGCUCACUUGGCAGGAGUUGACUGACGCCUGGCACAAGCGAUUCCAAGUGGAGCCGCCCGACCUGCAAGCGAUGGACAAGCUCAACAAGCUUCAUCAGAACACGCUGCUCAGUCAGGACUGGAUUACCGAGUUCCAAAGACUCGCCUCCACCCCUGACCUGCCGCUUGCUUUCCUCGCCAUUAAGCACUUGUUUAUCAUGCGCUCGUGUCCGGCUCUGCAAAACGCGCUGACGCAGAUUGCAGAGACACUCGACACAUCCGACAAGCUUUUCAGCACCGCGUCACGGAUCAUUCUCACGAAUAUCGAAGCCCGCAACGCCGACCGAUCUUCCGCGACGACGAGCGGCACCCAGCCCAAGCCAAAGGUGGCUUGCAUUACUUCUACCGAGGCUUCAACACCAAACGAGGGUGAAGUGUUGGCAGCUUCUCGGGAUGGUGGCCGGCCGCGCAACAACCACGGCCGCGACAAGACGAAGACUCAGUCCACCUCUACACCGAGCACCGGAUCAGCCGCCGACGAACCUUGGGCACAAUACGGACUCUCCGCGAAUUCUUAUCGCACGAGACUCAAGUACCGUUACUGCCUUUGGUGCAACAGCACCAUCCACAAUGCUGCACAUUGCCCCACCAAGGGGAAGCCCCGUCAGGGAAAGUAGGCGCCGCCGAGGGUGACUCGACACCUCCCUCGACACCAUCGAAAGCGGUUGUGCGCACGACCGCCCUUUCUUCCGAGGCAUAUGCGGA